GAACAUUAUUAAGUCCUCCAUUUAAUGAAGGUUAUGUGGAAACGAAGUAGUGACAGUAGUAGUACAUAGUGACAUUUUUUGUUUUACAACCUUGGGCUUAAUUUCCGUCAUGGCGAGGAGUUGCAAGCUGUGAAGUUUUGUGAGAAGAGAAAUGUUGUGUCCUGAAGUGUGGAAUUUUUCUCCUCCUGCUUGUAAUUUUAAAUUCAAAAGAGGCAAUUUUAACGAACUGAAAACCCAGUGCAUUGAUUUAAUCGACUUACAUCACUUUAACUAUUUGGUUUCUGUUGUAUUGCCAGAUACAAUAAAUGUACCAGAGGUAAUUACGGAUGCAUUGAAUGAAGACUGUGAUUAUUAUAGAGUAGAAGAUAUUCAUGUCAGUGAGUUGGUCAACAAAGAUUUCAUCGAAAUAUUUGUAAAGAGAGGACAUCUAAUAAUCCUGAGCGAUGGCACAAACAUUGAUACAGAUGACUGUGUAGCUCUGAUACCAUCAGGGCAUCUAGUCCUCAGUCUUAACAGACAAACUUAUCAAGAACUUGGACUGGAAGGCAAACCUUCAUUCUUCUCACGAUCAAAACCUAAUAGAUAUGUGGUGCAAGUGGACCUCAAAGAGCAGUACUUCACACCAGGCAAGAAGUACUACAACAGAGUACAGCACUGCCUCAAGGAAAACUUGCAGCUCAAGCUGAACCUCUUAGUAGCAUGGGAUCCACCAGAGGAGAAGAUAUGUCCUUCAUCAGUGGCUGCAUAUUUUUCAUCAAGAGGUCACAAGGUAUUGCUGUGUCAGCCUCGAUUCUCCAGGCAGGUUUCAUACAACGUGAAGGUGCCAGAAUUUUUUUUGGGUGAUAACGGUGAUGAUGAUGAUGCUUUGGAACUUAUAGAGUGGCUAGGAGCUUUCAGUAUUGGAGCUGAUCUGGACUCUGGAGCUCCAGACAAUUUUGUAAACACAUACCAGUGUCCUCUGGAAACCAAUGACGUUGGUGCAGCUGCACAUCUACAAUGGACAGGGUACUUUACAUACAGUCAGAUUCACAGACUCUUUGAUAGACUGAGACAAUAUGUGCUACAAAGAACAAGUAUUCCUUGGAUCAGCCUGUAUGUGCAAGGUUUUGCUGACAGUCCAGUUAGUUGGGGUCUCAAAGAACACCAGUUCUACACGAAUGGUGACAAUAACUAUGUCCUGUUUCUACAUCCCACGGGCAAUUAUUUGGCAUGUUCCUACAUAAGCCCUAACAAAAGGCCUAAGAGUAAAACAAAGAAAUGAUCCAGAAGAUGUCAGCUGAAAUGCUAUGAAAUCAAUGUAAGUACUUUAAUAAACAGAUAAUAGCAUUUACAAUUA